UAGGUUUACAUGUGUUGAUUGGUACAGUAGGUUCAAACCUGUGGUGGUUAGUACCGUAGGUUUUCAUGUGGUGGUUGAUACAGUAGGUUUGCAUGUGUCAGUAUAGUAGGUUUACAGAUGUUGGCUGGUAGAGUAGGUUUACACGCGUCAGUACAGUAGGUUUACACGUGUCAGUACAGUAGGUUUACACGUGACCCCAGGAAACCUGGUGAGUUCAAAGUUCGCGGCAAGGUCCAAUCUGCCUCUCGUCACUGACAACAAUGACGUCACGUGUGCCAAGAGACCUGAGGUCAUGAGCUUGGAGCUUAAGCUCAAGGAGGCUCAGUACUUUACCUGGCUGAGACUCGUCGUUAAAGACGAACUAAAGAACUACGCCAUCAGGUUUGAAUCCGGUACGGUCAGACACGACUGUCGGAACCAGAGCUCCAUCAAGGUCGCCACCAAGGUCAUGGACAUUGCGUGUGAUUUGACCAUCAAAUACGUGGACAAGGUCAUCUUGACCUGGGACGUGCGCCAUAUCAUUUGUUCUGUUUAUGUAAGUGGCGGAAGGAACGUGGCGCCAAACGGAGAGACGUCAUCCACCCCCACCAUGUACGGUCUUGAUGCCAGCAUCGCCACCAACGGAGACACGGAAGUGACGUCACUGUCCUUGAUGCCGAACCCGGUCAGACAGAGAGUGACCAUCACCUUCCGCCAGCCCCAGCGCAUCUUUCAGAUGGUCGUCUAUGCCCGGACCGACGCUGUCCAGUUCGGCCUUGACCCUGGGUUCAGGAUCGAGUGUAUCGGAGAGUUUGGCCAUAGCCUGGCCAACUACACCCGCCUGGCCAGAGACGUCAGGGGGCGGAUGUUGGUGACGUCAGUCGUGCACGAGCCCAUUGGACGUCUGGACGUCGUCUGGGAAACUUCUGGUGACGUCAGUCGUGAUGCGAGCCUGGAGCUUUAUGAGAUAGAGGCCUACGGGGACUGCUCGUCCCCCGUGUACGGGCUGUACUGUGAUGAGAUCUGCAGCAUGGGCUGUGUGGACCAGCUCUGUCACUACAACGGACAGUGUUACCACUGUGUGGAGGGGAGGACGGGCAAACAUUGUGUAGGAGGUCAAGGUCAAGGAAAUUCGUCGCAUGAGAAGGAGGAACAGAUAGUGAAUAACAAAACGGAAGUGACGCCCACCCCGCCCGCCAAGAAACAGCCCGGGGGGUUGUUCUCUGGGUCCGACCUCUUCCUGUUUGUCUUCUACUUCCUGGCUAUGGCGGUCCUCAUCACCGUCGUCAGCAUCUUCAUCUACCUCAGGCAGGUGGCGCACCAACAGCUGAGGGAGAGUUUCGACAGCACAGUGGACGGGGACACGUUCAAGGCCAUCCAUGAGUUGCGUGUGGUGCGUGAGAAAAGUUUCGGCGAGUUGUCAGAGGUCACAGAGGUCACUGGGGUCACAGAGUCGGACGCCCUGUCGGGGGUCUCCUCGGGGGGGUCGGGCUCGAAUGCAAGUCCAGGGAAUUAGUGACGUCAUUUGCCAGGAGAGAUGGAGUCUGGUGACGUCAUACAACGGAAAAGAGCAGUGACGUCAUACAUUUUUGGACAGACAGACAUGAUCGACA